CAACUUUGCAUAUCGCGUCCGCAAAUAUGGCCAGCCGCAAACGAAAGAACGUGCUUACCGGCCAUGCCGAAGAGGUUUUUUUAAGCGCAUAUACAUUCCAGAGCAAACACAGAGCCAUUGAGAGAAAAGGCGGACCAUCUCGAGAACAUCAAAGCGGAGCUGAGAUAAAAGCCGAAGCUGCAAAUAUACGCGCCACUCGAGAGAAGAAAGGCGAUGCAACCAUUGCUGAGGGAGCUGGCGCAUACGUUGGACCCUGGGCCAAAUUCAAACAGGCGGAAUACGAGGUCGUUGGCGAGGAUGAAGAGCUGGCAAGCGACGAAGAAUAUGAGAUGGUGGAAGAGGAGGAGGACGAUGUUGUCGAGAGCGGAACAGUGUUACGGGCGCCUGCUGGUGCUCUAGCUCGACGCAAGGAGGUUGAGGCACUGGGAGACGAGACGACGACGUUCCACGGCUCAGAAGAGUACGAUUAUCAAGGCCGAACGUAUAUGCAUGUGCCGCAGGACUUGGACAUCGACUUGCGCAAGGAGGUUGGAAGCGCCACCAACUUUAUCCCGAAGAAGCAGGUUCACGGCUGGAAGGAUCAUUCGGGUGCUGUCAAUGCGCUGCGGUUCUUUCCCAGCUCAGGACAUUUGCUUUUAUCAGCUGGCGCAGACACUACAGUCAAGAUUCGCGAUGUGUAUCACGACAAGGAACUGCUGCGGACGUAUUCAGGUCACUCCAAGUCGGUAUCAGAUAUUUGCUUCAACAACUCGGGAACCCAGUUCUUGUCUGCUUCGUAUGAUCGCAUGAUCAAACUCUGGGACACGGAGAAGGGCGUCUGCAUCAACAAGUUUACGACGGGGAAAACGCCACAUGUUAUCAGAUUCAAUCCCGAUCCCGAGCACUCGAAUGAAUUCCUGGCUGGUAUGUCGGACAAGAAGAUUGUUCAGUUUGAUAUACGUACACCAAAUGAGGUGGUUCAGGAGUACGACCAUCACUUGGCUGCCAUCAACACCAUUGUUUUCGUUGAUAAUAACCGCCGCUUCAUGACGACAUCCGACGACAAGUCACUCCGCGCAUGGGACUACAAUAUCCCUGUGCCUAUCAAGUAUAUCGCUGAGCCAGACAUGUACCCGAUGACUAGGGCAGCACUGCACCCAUCGGGCAAAUACGUUGCCUACCAAAGCUCAGAUAACCAGAUUGUCGUUUACGGGGCCAACGACAAGUUCCGCCAGAACAGGAAGAAGAGCUACCGGGGCCACAACAACGCUGGUCUUGGCAUCGAUCUGGACUGCAGUCCUGACGGCCAAUUCCUGGCCUCGGGUGAUCAAGCCGGCUACGUCUGCUUCUGGGACUGGAAGACGUGCAAGAUGUAUCAUAAGCUAAAGGCGGGUAACCAGGCGGUGACGUGUGUGCAGUGGCACCCACAAGAGACGAGCAAAGUUGCCACUGCUGGUUUGGAUGGAGAUAUCAGAUACUGGGAUUAAAAGCGAGCAUGGUUCUAUGGCGUUGGGGUUUGGAUAUCUUAGACUUCCUCGGGUAUGGAAAUAAACUGUCAUUAUGAGGCAGCAAUAAUUUAUGUCGUUACUCACAAUUUUACGUUAAUGAUACUC